GUGCUAGUUUUGUAUUAUUUUCUUCAAUAUUAAGGUAAAUUAAUUAUGGAAAGUUAGUCAAUGAAUUUCCAAAUUUGACUGAAUAAGCCUAUUAAUUAAGUUCUUAUACGAUACUUUUGCGGCUUCUGCAAGGAAUAAUUUUCUUUGUAUAAGCUUAAAAAAAUAAGUCAAUUUUAAACCAAAUUGUAUUGGUUGCCAUAAAGUACUAGAUAAAUUGCCUUAGUUCAAAAAAUCGCUGACUCAAAAAUUAUUUCCGAUAACAUGUUUUACUUUUUGUUUGGGGCCCAAUAAUUUGUCACAAGCCACCUGCCUCGUGAUUAAUCAGAAACAGUGCCUCAUAAGAAAAUUAUUACAAAAUCAUUUCCGAUUAAGAUAUGCAACGCGUAUUGGAUAAUUAAAAAUUGGCAAUACCUAGUACGUCUAUGAUAUGUAAAGUUUAAUUGAUUUAAAAAAAACUUAUCAAUCACCGAUCAACUUCUACGAUGGCUCGCUUCGUUUUACACUGACAUAGUUUGGCAUCAAUAAUCAGUGCAUCGACAUCAGUCCGAGGAUAAACAAUAUCACUGCGUCAUUACUAAAGUGUUAAAUCUUUAAUUAAUUCGUUUUUUUUUCUAAUUAGUUUCGCAUUACUGCUGAAUGGGAUCAGUGCAUGAAGUUUGAUUAUGUUUGUGAUGAAUAAAAAUGAGAAAAGUUAUCAAGUGAACUGUUGCAAACGAAGAUUUUUGGCCAAAUGUGGAAAUGCUUUAACCGGCUUUUUCCAUCACAUCAAAGACAACCAUGACCUGAAAAUGCUCCGUUACUCGGAAAUACCAAGAGAUAUAUCUGGAGACAGUCUUGCCGCUCUUAAAAUAUCCGAGAAUUCCGACGAUAUUUCUCCAGCCUCAAAAUGCUCUUCUACUCGCGCUUUUUCAACAAGCAAUAAUUUAUUAAAUGGUUGUGCCACAAGAUUACCCGAUAUUAGACAUAGAAAAACUUCGACUCCAACUGUUUCUAGUGGACCUGGUCCAUCUGGGUGCUACUACAAUCAUGGAAAUUGUCUAACCUCAGUACCUGCCCACGCCAAAUCUCAAAGUCUCCCGAAUCGCGCCUGCCACAAAAACUGCAAGCAAAACUACAGCUGCGCCGUUUUCGAUAUUCUCCGUAUUCCAGCCGAGGAUUUUGCAGCUCAACUUACGAUACUAGAUUGGCCAGUUUUCUUCAGUAUCCAGCCUGAUGAAUUGACCAGUUGCGGCUGGAACAAGAAGAACAAACUCACUGUGGCUCCAAACGUAGUGGCUUUUUCUAAGAGAUUCAAUCAUGUGAGCUUUUGGACAGUACAAGAAAUUCUUGCCGGUACCACAGUUAAGCUUCGCUCGGAGACGCUUGCCUUUUUUAUUAGAAUAGCAAAAAAAUUGUACGAACUCAAUAAUUUCCACUCGCUUUUCGCAAUCAUAUCAGCCUUACAAAGUGCCUCUAUUUAUAGAUUAUCAAAAACGUGGGGUUCCUUACCAAAGAAAGACAAACAGACGUUUGAUAAAUUGGCAGAAGUAUUUGCUGAUGAGAAUAAUUGGGCAAAUUUGAGGAGUCACAUUGAAAGCCUUAAACUACCAUGCAUACCUUAUUUAGGAUUGUACUUGACAGAUCUCGUGUACAUAGACAUGGCGCAUCCCCAUUCAGGAGGCCUAGAAUCUCAACAAAGAACCUCAAAAAUGAACAACAUACUCAGAAUUAUCUCAAAUUAUCAACACUCUGAUUACUCAAACCUCACCAAAAUACCUCACAUCCAGGAUUAUUUGCACUCUAUCCGAUACAUUGAAGAAUUACAGAAGUUUGUUGAAGAUGACCAAUACAAAUUAUCUCUAAAACUGGAACCUCCAAGUCCUGCUCCUAGCUCAUCGAACAACAGCUCCAAAGAAUCAGUUUCAGUUGAUCCUGUGGCAAUAGCUUCGCUAAAUUUAUCGCCCGCAAAAGCUUCUUCUGGAUCGUUGAGGCUCCAAGCGGUCACAUCGGGCAGCAAAUUUAUACCCGGGCAUAGAAAAUGUAGGAGUUUAGGCACCAAUAUUUUCACAAAAUCCUACCAAAUCGGCAAUUUCGAUCCAAAAGAAACCCCUAAAACCCUUCAUUUGUUGGAUGACUCAGUAGUGGAAGAUUCAACUAGUCGUUUGAGUCACAGCAACUUACCAUCACCCACAAACCACUUGCCUUUACAAGCAUCACACAGUACAGAAGAUAAUUGUACUUUACUUACCCGGCUGUCUGAUGUUGAUGAUGGCAUCGAAGAGAAUGUAUGCCCGAUGCAAGGUUGUGUAAGACGUAAGACUGUACUUAAAGAUGGAAAAAAACCCACAGUAUCUUCAUGGCAAAGGUACUGGUUGCAAAUUUGGGCCAGUUCGCUUGUAUAUUUUCCACCAAAAUCUUUUAAAGGACAUCAAAGAUCUGAUUUUAAAAGAGAUCCUUGCAAAAUGGUCGCACUAACUGGCUGUCAAGUGCUUUAUUGCGACUCUGCCAUGCAUCAAGACUCGUUUCAAUUGGUGGAUCAUGCCAGAGGCAACGUUUACAAAUUUAGAGUCGGCACUAAAUAUUUGGCAGAGAGAUGGUGUCGUCUUUUGCAACAAGCGGCCAAUGGAGAGCCGACCCCUUUACCAAGCAACCUUAUGUCUUUUGAGUGAUAUUAUUAAGUUUUUUGUUAUGUACCUACUACUCACAUUUAUUUCAGUAAUAAUAAUUAUUAAAUUUUUUUUAUGGUUUGUACAAUGAAAAUAAUAAAGUUUUUUUUACUGUU